CUUUUAAAUGUUUUCAUUCAAGAUUAAAUAAACAAAGAUCUCCCAGUGUUUUAAAGGCUUUCGAAAAUACAGAAAAUACAAUGUAUCAAACACCAGGUUCCAAUGGAGAGUACAAGACACCUAACAGAGGUUUGCGACGUGAAGCCUUCCGCUCGCACUUUUUACUGUUCAUUGUUGACACUGUGAUAAUGACGGGACUUCUUGUCUGUGGAAUCAUCGGAGUUAUAUGGAUGGAUGGAGAGUUAUAUUCCACACCUCCAUUCUAUGUGGCAUCCUUUGUUGCUGCUACAGUUGUAAUGGCCAAAGCAACUGUUGGUGGAUGCUUCUCUGUUCAAGGUCUGUUUGUCAAGGAAAAGCCUGACGAACCUGAAACAGCUUUAGUGAUACUCCACAUGGUUCUAUCAGUUAUAUCACUACUUGGAUAUUUUGUUGCAAUUGUUGUAUUUGGGGUCUCGAGGGUUCUCGAAUCAUGUGCAAGUUCUAACGACACACCCGGAUGUUCGAGUAAUGCAAAAGUGUACAAAACAUUAGGAUCGAUAACUCUUGUAUUAAUUUUGAUUAGCAUUGCUUUAACAUGCUUUGGAAUUUAUCUAUUCGUUCGAUUUGGAAAGGAAUUUGGUGUUUCACCGUAUAAGAAAUCUAGAUGGCGCAAGGAUCCGCCGAGAUCUGUAUCUAAAACUAUUAGUGUGCAUCACAAUGAAAUACAGGAUGACAUGAAAGAUUUCGUGUAGAGUUUUAUAAUUACUUACUAGUAAUACAUAAUUGUACGGCCAUUGAAUGCACAUAUGUUUUGUUAUUUAAUAUAUAAAGUAAACCAGUUAUACACCCCUAGAA